CUAAUCUAUACGGUCUAGACUCGAUGUGUCAAUGGAGAAGAUAUUUGGCUUGUUGGUUAUUUUUUGUCUUAUAGGACUGUAUGAGACUCGACGAGAUCCGAAAAAUGAGCCAACAGGCAGUCCACUUGAGCCUAGAAGAAGGUCCAAACACGGCAACUUCGUUCGUUGCACCCGUCGCUACACGCCCGGCCUGUGCAUGGAGCCGGUGGUGCCUGUGUGGAGCUUUGUGUUCCAGAUUCAGAAUUGCACUGAACGCCUCGGUUGUCCGGUGGACUGGCGUGGCAACAGGUUCGGUACGUACGAGGGCUGCAUGCGUAAAUGUCUGCCGCUCAUCGAAAUCUAUCUGGAGAUACUGACACAAGAUCAUAACAAUGUGUCCAGUCUGCGCAUCGGAAGAUAUUGGGGGUCGCCCAUAGGACUUAGUGUGGAUGAGCAAUCCUUUUUGGAUGAAGAUGAAGACUAUGAGGUAUUACUACGUAAGGUGACCGUGGAAGGUCCACCUCCAGAUCCGAUGGAUGACGACGCGGAUCGUAAAUUUCAGAACAUACCGGAUAUAGACUAUUAUGAUAAUGAGGAGAGAAAGGAUUACCUCGACGAGGAUUUAUUAAAAAACUAGAAAAUCUAAUAUGGAAUUUGUGGCGUGCAUUUCACAGUUACUCUCAUAGUUGCUUGAAUACUGUUAACAUACUAAUAUCUCACCUUUUUCUUCUAAUAAAGGCAGUAUAUCAUAAGCCAAAAAUAA